AUGGCCACCAUCUACAGCGGACUGCCCGCCCACAUGCGCUUCCCGUUCGGCUCUGCCCACACGCACUACACGUCCAACGACGACGCCGCGGCGCAGAUUCAGAUGCAGAUGCAGAUGCAGCAGCAGCAGAUGCGGUACAGUCCGUACGUGUCCGAGCCGAGCGCUGUCGAGGGAGUUGUCCUCCGCCGACCUCUCUCGCUGUCUUCGGCGGCCUCUACGGGCGCGCCGCUACUUUCCACGGCCAGCGGUACAUUUGGCCGCGCGAUGAAACCCCCCGCGCACCCGCUGGGCCCGUUGUACCCCAGUCCCGAGUCGGCGAGCCACGUGUUUCGCCCUGCGUCGCCGCGCUUUCGGUCGCACAGUGUCGCCGCUUGCGCCUACACGCCGCCCUCGAGGAUGCACGAGACGUACGCGUCGCCGCCGCCGCUGCCGCAGCACCAGCAACCGCUGCUGCUGUACGCGUCGUCCCGUCUGGGGGACCGCCUCCAGCAGCAGCAGCAGCCGUCGCUCGACGUGCUGCUCGUGUCGCCCGGUGUCCCGACGCCAGUGGAGCUGUCGAUCUAUGAGAUCAAACAGCCGACGGGUUUCCUCCACGUGACACGUGGCAAUCAGACGGUCGAGUUCCUGGACGGUGUGGCCAAUAUGCCGCCGCCGAAACAGCGGUAG